AUGUCUGGAUAUUUGAAACCCGAAUACCCACCCGAUUCCUUUCGGAUCUCCCGGAAACCCGUGUCAAACCCGAACUUGCGAGCUACGGCACAUGCCGAUCAGCGGGAAGCAACUCAUGCAAGUACCCCUGCUCUGGUGCCACCCCCAUUAUCACGACCCCCGUCCUAUACAGAGCUUUAUGGACCACCUUCUCAACCUGUAAGUCGUGAGCCGCUGCCGAGACCGCGGACGGCGGGACCAACUGCAUCUCCGACUCCCCCACCGCCAACGCCUGUGCAAAAAGCAUUCGGCGAUGCGAGGCAUUUCCUGGGCGGUCUAAUCAACCAUCCAACGGAAUCAAACAAACAUGUCACUAUCUUGCGACAUUCUCAUGGCCUGGUCUUCUAUCGUGGGCCGACUACUUCUGUCGCGAUAACAAUCUUCUCUGAUGCCCCCUUGCCGUCGGACCGGACUCUGUGGCUGCAGAGUAAAGGGUGGACGGGCAAGACUGGCAUGCAGUUCAAAUCGCUGCUCCGGCUUCGAGAUAGCUGGCUGGAUGUGACUCCAGGUAUGCCCUUGAGGGCGGAACAGAUACCACCAGAUGAUGAACGAGCUUGGCAACGCGACAUCAAGAAAUUUCAAAAGAAGGCCCCGCCCCGCGCCCGAAAUCCACAUCAGCUGCGGGAGACUGCCGUUGUGCGGAUUCCCGCUGAAGGAGGCGAUGGUUAUUUCCAGCUUGUGCUUUGCCAAGGUCCCAAGAAGAAAGUGCUUGGCAACAGCCCGGUAUUCCGAGUGCUCUCCACGUCCACUGCGCCCAGUUCUAUCCGUGGCGCGAGCUUGGCCACCCUACCCUUAGAGGUCGGGGCAAUGGUAGUGAGUGUGUAUGCUCAAACGGCAGCGCGAGCGGCGGCAGGUCCAGCCGCCAUGGCCAUUCAGGCCAAAGCUGCUCCCUUCCGUCCAAAAUGGGUUACCAAGACUGCCGUUAAAAAAGUCUACUCGGCCAGUGGUGUCCAGAACCGUGUGGGUGGUAUUAUCAAUGGCUCAUAUGGCCCCAUCGGACGCUCCCAGCAAAACAAAGCAGCACCAGAACUCAUUGGAGACGGUCCGGUCUCCAUUGAGGUCGGUCCCCAGCCGCCGUUCCCUAUGACGUUCAAAGCUCGUUGUGCAGUUGGGCAACCUCCGUCUCCAGACACCGUCGACGACCUCCCCAGAUUGAGCUUGAUUAAAAUACCCGACUGGGUGACGUUUCAGUUGAGAGGGUACUUCUUUGGCUGGGCUCGUUUCGACAUGGGGUCUAGCCAAGGCUCCCCGGCCGGGUCAUGGUGUCCAGCUAUCUUGUCUGUGCGGGCGCUGGAUCCCCUUCAGGCUGAACGAGUCGAUCUAGCCCAGAUUGCGAGGCGGGUGGUCGCAAUUCGCCUUCUCGAGCAGGUUCCUGUCCAAUCAACCAAAAUCGAGAUCCGAGUCUUGGGCUAUCUUCGCGCCGAGAUGCCACCACCUACCGGAAGUACAAGCAAAGAACUUGCCGAUGCGCAAGCGGCAGCUGCAGAGGCGGCUAUUUUGACCGAUAUAUACGAUGCAUCUGUUGUACAGGAGACUCUGGCCCAUCCGGCGUGGGCUGCAGAACACACGGCUGCGCCAGACACCCAGCAGAUGCCCAGUUGGAUUGAUCGCACUGUUGGUGGAUGUACCAAUAUCAUCGAGCGCGGACAGAAGUUCGUAGAGCAAGUCCCAUUACACUUGGUUGGAGUUCGCUCAAUGGGUGACGAGCUCAGAGAGAGCCAGGUGGCCGUCAACGGGUUUUACAUUGUCCGCUAA